GAGGCCAUGCGGGAAUAUAAAAGCCUCAUCCCACCUGUGCUGCUCUGACAGAAACUCCAGCUCAAAUAUCCUCUCUCCAAGGAGUAGUGCGUACCUUCCAGACAGCAUGCUGCUUCACUUAUGUCUCCCCCUGGUGGUGGUGUUUAUCCAGCCCACUCUCUCCACCUACAACUGCUCGUCUGAGUAUGACCGGGUACCAGACAACACUGACAUGAUGGUGGACUGUGGCACCAGCAUGAUCACGCUCGAGGUCAACCUCUGCUCGGCCCAGUGGGCGGGCUUUAAUGCGACGGGCCUGGCACUGAACGGGGAACACGGCAUCCCCGACUGCCAGGGCACCAUCCACACGGACGUGGUCCCUCCGGUGAUCCGCUACCAGCUCCCUGUCAAUCACACACAGGCUAACCCGUGUCGCCAGUCGCUGCAGAUCGUGGAUGAGGCGCCCGACCCUUCGGGGCACUUCGGAGAUUUCCUCACCGUCCAGUCGUUGAUCAUCACCGGCUUUGUGGACACGCCGGGCUCCAGCGAGGGCUUGAUCAGCUACGCCACUGACCUCUACUACCACUUCUCUUGCCGGUACCCGCUGGAGUACCUCCUCAACAACACACAGAUCAUAGCGUCUUCAGUCUCAGUGGCGAACAGGGACAACAACGGAACCUUCAUCGACACCCUGAAGAUGACCGUAUAUAAUGACACCAACUAUAAUCAUCAAUUGCUGGUGCCCAUCAGUGGACUCGAACUGAGAACCAAAAUCUAUGUUGAGGUUGAGGCUGUCAACAUGACUGGGAAUUUCAAUUUGUUUCUGGAUCACUGUUUUGCGACAUCGAGCCCUUAUAACCUAUCCCAGACGGAGCGGCACAACUUCUUCAUCGCCGGCUGCUCUGUGAACCAGAAGGCCGCACUCACCAUCAACGGCGUGGCCAAGAACUCCCGCUUCAACUUUGAGGCGUUCCGCUUCGUGGAGCACCGAGACCAGGAGAAGUCCAGCAUCUACCUCCACUGUAUGCUCCGGCUGUGUGAGCCCACCAAGUGUCAGGCACUGAUCGACGCCUGUACUAGUCGAAGAAGAAGGAGUUCGGCUCGCUCCGUUGAACAGGACACGGAGGAGGUGGCCACGGUGUCCUUUGGUCCGCUCGCCAUGGGCAGAGAAGACUCGUCCCUUGCAGCUGAAGAUGAAGAUGCCGCAAGCCAAUCCCCAGCAGAGGACAGCAGUGUGACAGCAGUGGUGCUGGGGGCGCUGUUUGGAUCUGCUGCUGUCACCUUGGUGAUCCUUGCCAGCUGGAUGGCCGUCAAGAAGUUCUACUACUCAGGGGCGGGCCUUAGUGCUUUUAACUGACGUGGUCACACGACAGGUCAGCUGAUGCUGCCACACCAUAACUGUAUUCACUGCAGGUCAUGGUAGGGGAUUAGUUCAAAUACUCUCAAGAUGUAUUCAUCUGAAACAUUGAUCACAAUUAUGCUUAAUUAUACUAAGCAAUCACUCAUAAGUGAUCCCUCAGCUGUCCUAGUCAUAUUUUACUGUGUUUUUUCUGUAUAACUGUAUUAUGUAUCAAUAUGUUAUAUUGGUGAAUGAGGGAUCUGUAUCGGAACUCCAUCUAUGAAAUCUAUGAAAGUAAUGUUUCAGUGCUGUUUUCUCAAUGAUCAGCGUGUGAAUAAACAGCGGUAUGUAUUAACUCAUGAUGAUUUACAAUGCUUGGAAAAUAAAAAAUAUCAAGCUCAA